AUUUAAUAAUCUUAUCUUUGUACGUGUUUUUGAACCAGUGAAUAUCAGUUUUGCGUCUAAUGUCGCUAACGAUCCAAAACGGCUUUAAAUCGGCUACAAUUUCGUAUUGGUGUACAAAAAAAUGAUAAAAGUAAUGUCGAGUAUCCACGCUGGUGCAAUUAGCGAAGUGCACGAAAUGCCCAUGUCUGUGAUAAUCAGGCCGUUUCAGUCGCAGCUCGAAGAAGACAAAGUGAGUUCGCUGAUGGAGACGUUGGCAAACCCCAGCAAAAGGGGCGAAGUCCCGCCAAUCGACGUCUUAUGGAUCACUGGGCGUGAAGGUGGGAAUUAUUUUUACAGUUUUGGGGGCUGCCACCGGUACGAAGCGCACAAACGACUGAAUUUGGAUUCGAUUAAAGUUAAGUUAGUUAAGUCGAAUUUGCAAGAUUUGAAGUGUUAUUUAGGUGGCAGUACGCCCGAUUUGAAAUAAACAAAUGUUGUUUA